CCACAGGUGAGCGCCGCUGCCGUCCCCAGACAGCAAAAACACCGGGCUGGGUUACAGAACUCCUAUACCCAGAGGAUUACGCACAACCGCACGGAUUAAAACUGUGCGCUACACCGUUGGCACCUAAUGGAGACUUGCGCCAUGGAGCUAACACACCAAUCCGUGCUGUCUUUCCUGGUCGAGGAAGGGGGAAAGGUGAAGAAGUCCGAGCUGGUGCGAAGGUUCAAAGGUUUGAUAGAAUGUGACGAUCAUGAACAAAGGGAGUGUAACCGGGAGAUGUUUAAAAACUUUGUCAACAACGUCGCUGUGGUUAAAGAAAUCGACGGUGCGCGUUUCGUGGUGCUCAGGAAGAAAUACGAGCCUUUAUUGGAGAGUUACCAAGCGCAGGAGGGAGCUGGGAAUACGGGCGACGACGUGCAUGCCGUGCGUAAAGGUGAGCUGCAGCGCCCACCUGUGCCAAGCGAAGACGCGCGCAAUGGCGACGAGUUACAAGAGCAAAAUAAUGAUGAAAGUUGUGAAAAUCCGUCUGAAAUGGUUAACCCGAUUCAGAUGGCUUUACAAAGAUGCAAAUAUGACUUUACACCUAGAAGAAGCAUGGGUUUUGGCAUCCAAAACGCAGAGGAAAAACAGGCGAGUCGUGCGCAAAGCAAGCCUUACGCAUUACCUUUGAGGAUGCCACCACCCACCACACUAGAAAUCCACAAGUUAAAAUCAGAAGAUGCGUGUUAUAAAACGAAAUUUGACUCAAACAGGGACCAGAAGUUGACCAAAUCAGGGUACAUGAGCGCCAACAUGGAUUCUCCAAAUGUGAAAAAGUCAAAAAGCAGCAAAGUGUCCACAGAGAUGAAAGAAAACCGUGUUCCGUCCACGGUUCCUCUUGAACAAAAUGAACACGAGUGGCUGGUUAAAUGUGCAUCUGGACACUGGAGUCAAGUCUACGGGCUGCUCCUACUGGACAGCCAACUUGCAGAAAAGAAGGACUUUAUUUCAGGGUUUACAGCUUUGCAUUGGGCCGCUAAAUUCGGAAACAGCGACAUGUUGGUGAAGAUUUUCGAAGUGUCCAAGCAAGGAGGAGUGGAGGUGGACGUGAACGCCAAAACCCACGGAGGAUACACGCCAUUGCACAUUGCAGCUUUGCACGACCAAGAGUACAUUUUGGCCAUGUUGGUUGCAGAGUACGGCGCCGAUCCCAAAAUUCGGGAUAACUGCGGGAGGAGAGCGUACCACUAUCUGCAUAAAGGCGUGUCUCAGACUAUUAGGGAAAUGCUCGGACAGCCCAAAUUCACCAGUACGGAGAUAAACAAAGUGAACCAAUACGACAAAGAGGAGCAAGAAGUUUUCCCAGAUCUAUCCAAAGGUCUUCAGUCGAUAAGUAAACUGUUUCAGCCCACUUUGACGGGGCAUAAGAAGAAGUCGAAGUCGAGGACUACGCUGUACUCGCUCCAGGAUGAACCAGAAAUGGAGGAGCGGCAGGACGGCAGUGUGGCGGGGAGAUACAGGGUCGUGUCUGAUGUCUUUAUGUGAAAAUAAUGAAAAAUAAGAAGGUUUAGGCGUAGAAAACAUUAUCUAUCUGGACAACGACUAGGUUUUCUCACCGAGUUUAGAAGAGAAACCACAAUUAUCACCACAUUUUGAUUUGCAGUUUGUAUUCCAGAUGUCACAAGUGUUGCAAUUCCUCUGGUCUUUGUGGUUUAAAAGACAAGUACAGACUUGAAUGAGUAAUUACAACCAAAUGUAAAAUAAGAGGCGGAAAGUUAUAGGGGACAUGUUGCCGUAUUGUAGCAUAAACUGAGCACUUUUGGGUAAGUUUAAUGCCGUUGAAGAUGCAAUUCAAGACUUAACUCUAGGGCACAUAUGUCAAAUUCAAGGCCCGUGGGCCAAAUUCGGCCCGCCACAUCAUUUUAUGUGGCCCGUGACAAAGUAAAUUAAAAGGUAUGACUGUCUUAAAAUGUCAGUUUAUCCUUAGAUACACAGUUAAACAGCCAUUUUUUCAUGUCUAUGCAAAUUCAUAUGCAAUAUUUAUAACUCGAAUAA